AUGUCGAUAGGAAAACACUUACUCGUCGAUCUUUGUCUAUUGCUCGUCUGGUGUGGUGCAUCGGAAACGCUUACCGUCAGCGAGCCCCCCAUAACAGCUACCACGCUGCGGACGCUUGGUAGCAAUGUAACGUCCUCGAUCGCAUCCAACCGAACGGCGGAAGAUUUCGACGAGAGCGAGCUUCACUGCUCGAACAUCGACAUCCGUAAUGGUCUGAGCCAGUUGCGGCUCAUACAGAACUGUACGGUCAUCAAUGGGUACCUUCAUAUGAUGCUGAUGGAUGGAGUGCCCACGGCGGAGUUUACAAAGUACAGCCUGCCAAACUUGAGAGAGAUUACCGGCUAUUUGCUUCUGUUCCGCUUGAUCAACCUUGUCUCGUUGCGGAAUCUGUUUCCGAACCUUAUGGUGAUCCGUGGCCAUCAGCUGAUCCGGAAUUAUGCGCUGAUCCUUUACGACAUGAAGGGCAUGAUUGAGCUUGGCCUGAAGAAUCUUAUCGCCAUACAGCGCGGUUACAUCUACACGCAGCACUGUCCUCUGUUGUGUCAUCUCGAUACGAUAGACUGGAGUUCCAUAACGGUUCCGACCAAUACUACGAAGAAUCGGAACUACUUCGAAACACCAAAGGUACGGUGUAAUAGCGUGGAAGUGUGCCGUGGCUGUGAGCCAAAGUACUGCUGGGGGAGCACAAGUUGUCAGAAGUUUUACAACGGCUACAAUUUCAACGGAAAAAUCAAAUGUCAUAAGCAGUGUCUUGGUGGGUGCACCGGUACGAAGGACACGGACUGUAAAGUCUGUCGCGGUUGGAAGGAAGGAAAACGGUGUGUCGAACAGUGCUCACACGAACGAUUACAGUAUCGUCACACAAAUCGAUGCAUCACGUGGGAAAGCUGCCUGAAGCGCGGUGGCAGGCACCACCUGAAAGAGUGCGUCCUCGAGUGUCCGGCCGGGUACAGCCCGACCAACGUCGACCAAGAAGUGGCCGACUUCGACGCCCACACGUGCUUCCCCUGCCAAAACCGCUGCCCAAAGGUGUGCGACAGUGCGGACAUAAUGUACCUGUCGGAUGUGGAUCGGUUCCGUGGUUGCACGGUGAUCAACGGAUCGUUGCACAUCCGCCUGAAAGAGGAUCACCCGGAUCUGAUCGGCGAACUCAAGAGUGGCCUGAUGGAUGUGGUGGAGAUUAUGGGCAUCCUGAAGGUGUUCCGUUCGAACUUUAUUUCGUCGCUCGAGUUUCUGCCCAGCCUCGAGAUCAUCCACGGGCAGGAAACGGGCGAUAAUACCAACUUUUCGCUGAUGGUGUACGAAAACAGCAACCUGCAGCGGCUGUGGAACUUUGAAGAGAAGAAGAUGCUGCAAAUCAUGUCCCGUGGGAUGUACUUCCGGAACAAUGCGCUCCUGUGCAACGCACACAUCGUGACGCUCCGGAACAUCACCGAGUACGACAACUCGACCGAUACGAUCGAUUGGGGCUCGAACGGGUACAUGCAGGCGUGCUAUGUGGAACAUUUUCGGGUCCGCUCGGAGGUGCUGUCGAGCCGGAACGUGACGGUGUACUGGGGGAAGUAUCUGGGCAAGACGCAACAUCGGUUGCUCGGCUAUAUGAUAUACUACAUCCGCACGAACGGGGACAAGACGCCGUACGAGGGCCGUGAUAUGUGCUCAAAGUUUGGCUGGAGGACACGCUUCGUGCAGCUGGAGAGUAUGGUCAUGAAGGGAGAGUGGUACAUGUACAAUUUGACCCGACUGAAACCGUACACGCGGUAUGCGUUCUACGUGCGGACGUACUUCAACGAGACGAUCAACAGCUCCACCGACCAUGUGGGGCUGUCUGAGGUACACUACUUUAAAACGGCUAAAGAUCGGCCGACAUCACCGCAGCAUGUGCGCACGGUGCGGAAAUCGGACACGUCGAUCACACUCGGCUGGGUGUUGUUUCCGUCCGAGCUCGAACUGGUGUCUCUGUACCACGUGGAUGUGUUCAUCGAACCGGACGAACCGGGCAAGUUUGAUCAGCGAAACUUUUGCCUCCAUCCCCAUGAACCGUCGGUGUCGAAUGGGGCAGCGGAUGACGCGGUGGACCUUUCCGCGGCCUGUAGCAAGGAGUUUUGCUGCGAUCUACUCGAGCUCGAGGAGGAAGCUGACGACGAGGACGGUGAUGAUGAAGAGGUAACCGGACCGGAUGGAUUUUUCGGCGAGAAACGAUCGAUAGAAGAAUCGACACGGAGGGCCAACAAAAAAUCGUCCGUCGUAUAUGACGAGUUUGAGAAGAGUAUGCUCAACCUUCUUCGUGACGCUGGUGCGGAACGACAGGAACAGCAGCACGGUGGACGGUCACGGCGUGACACGGAGGAGAUAAAGUUUGUCAAUCGGAUUGCAGCGCGCUCGUUCACCACGGACAACUAUCAGUACACGGUGGAAGGGUUGGAACCGUACAGGUAUUACAUCUUUCAGCUGUUCGCGUGCAGCGAAAACAACACCAUGUACUGCAGUGCGUACAGUUUGUACGCGGACCGUACCGACCGGUCCCCGUUCAUCGAUCAACUCAACGUGACCAUCCUUACGGACAAUCUGAUCGCCACGGCUAAGGUGCAAUCGAACGAUACCGCAUUUCUGGUCGUGAAGACAACGAUCGGCGAUCGCAUUGUGCUGCACUUUCCCGAACCAAAGCAAGUGAACGGACUGACGGUGGCGUACCGUAUCGAGUUGGAGUGGAUGAACGGGACGGUCAUAAAACGCUCGUCACGCUGUAUCACUCGACUCGAGCACGAGCAGCAACAGCAUAUCCAUACGAUCCGGGAUGUUUCCCCCGGGGAGUAUCUUAUUCGGGUGCAACUGAUUUCGCUUGCCGGUCCGGGUCCGUUUACCGAGUGGAUGUUUAUCCGUGUUCUAGCGCCACCGCCUCCAGAAGAGAUGGGACACAGGGGUACGCAGCUUCGCGAUGGACUGAUCGCGUUUGCCGUCGUAUUGAUUUUUGCCGCGUUCGGUGGAGCGGGAGCAUUUAUGUGGAAACGGCGGCAACGAGGAGGGGCGGGCUGGCAGGACGAUAAGAUUCCUCUCGCGGACAACGAUGGGAAUCAAGUCGAGUUGGACGAUGGGUUCGUCAACUGUUCCUUGAAGUGA